CUAUGGAAACGCUACAUAGACGACAUACUGGAAAUCAUAUCAAAAGGACAAACAGAAACACUAACACAACACUUAAAUAACAUUGACGACACAGGCAGCAUAUAGUUCACAUAUGAGUGAGAAACAGAAGGCAGCAUAGCAUUUAUGGAUAUGAAAAUAACCAGGCAGACUGACGGGACCCUAAACAUAAACACAUACAGGAAACCAACACACACAGACCAAGAUCUAUUAUGGACAUCAGAACACCCCACCAUACACAAAAUGUCAAUUCAGAACAUUAUAUCACCGAGCAAAAAUGGUAACAGAAGAAAGAGACUGUAAACAAGAGAACAAACGCAUACAACACACUUUAAAGACCUGUGGAUACCCGACAUGGGCAAUAAACAAAGGAAAACAACAAACAACAACAGAAAGAAAAGAACUACCUAAGAAAAGAACCAGAAAAUCAGAAAGACAAGAACCAAAACCAGUGAUAACCUACCAUACAUCAAAGGCAUAACAGAAAAAAUAAGAGCAGCAAUGAAAAAACACAACAUAAACACACCAACAAAACCAUACACAACAGUUAGAAACAGACUAGUACACCCAAAAGACAAAAUACCAGCUGGACUUAAAUGUGGAGUUGUUUACGAAAUCCCAUGCAAACUCUGCAAUAAAACAUACAUAGGAGAAACCGGACGCCAACUCAACACACGAACAAUAGAACAUAGAAAGGAGUGCGAGAAAGAGGCAAGUCGAAAACACACAAGAGCAGCAAAAGAAGAAGCAGAAAGCACAAUAAAGAAGUCAGCAGUAACAGAUCAUGGACUGGGACAACACAAGGAUCAUAAACACCGGACAACAGAAAUACAAGAGAUGGAUAAAGGAAGCUAUCGAGAUAAGGAGACGUGGAUGCAGGACCAUGAACAGAGACGAUGGGGUCCACACAUUGGAUCGUGCAUGGGACUGCGUCAUCGGAGAGGGGAGAGCGGGAAGCAGAGGGCGACAACGUCUUCUGCUGCCUGCGGAUAAACGGAGUAGGAAGUGACGCCACCAUCAGCGUCAGCCCUGAGGAUGUUUUCCAGUCGCCAAACAAAACUGUCAGCAAGGUAAAGAGAAACCUUUUGUGUGUUUUAAAAAUAACCAAAAAUGGAAUUAGAAACUAGACACAGUAAGAACACACAAAAGAUGUUUAAAGAAAGUAGCUUGAUGUCUAAAGCGUCCUUCUCGAGUCAGAGCAGCUCAUAAAAUAAUCCUCUCUGCCUGUAAAGACCAAACCCAUACGUGCAAAUUUCAAUAAUGUGAACAAAGCAACAAAACAAGAGAGAAUGAACAUCCUACACAUUUGGGGCUAAGUUUUAAAUGCAUCAAUACAAGAUGAUUCAAGAAAAACAUCCAUCCAUCCAUUUUCGGGGGCUAUCUGCAUGCUUCUCCCUGCAAUCGCAAUUAUAGAGUCUUAAUCUCAGACAGAGGGGACUUAUCUGCUAUUUCAUUCUCUAUUAGCUUGAAUUGAAUUUGUUUUGCAAUUAAAAGAGAAUAAUGCAUCUUCAAAGUAAUGGGUGUUUCCUCUGAGUUAGGAUUGUGAAUUAUCUUAGAAUUAUGUAGGUCAAAAGAUUCCAAAAUGAGUGAAAAAUCAUUUUAGCUGUUCUCAUUGUCAGAAGGAUCGAAAUCACAUUUAUGUCCAGCGAAGCUCAGGAUUCUGAUUAAAAGGGAGUUUAGCACUGGCCAAAAGAGAUGAUCAUCUAUACUUACAUUAAUCUCUCAUUCUGCCAAUCCUUCUCUUUCCCUCUGACCAAUCAGAGGCUCUCUAGCCAGAUUACAAUCACAACACAAUAUAGCAAGCAUGAACACAAUCAUGCAGGCGACAGCAGUUUGUAUGUCCUUUAUUUGUUUGGUUUUUGAAUUUAUGUGAAACUAAAGGUAAACAAAAGUAAAAUAUCACAUUUCCACAAACAGAAAUCAUUUCUUGUCAGGACUUGGUAACCUCCCUUCCACUUUGUGCUUUCUGGCCAUCUCUGGUUUUUGCUCUCAUUAGAUUUUUGCUUCCCUUGCAUCCUUCCCUUCUCGCUCGUUUCAGCAUCAUGAGACAUCAGCCAGAUGUUUGGCUUCAUCUCUGCGUGGGGCAUAUGAAACGGAAACCAGAAAACCACCAACAAGCCGGAAGAAGAGGAUGAUUCAGACUGAAGAAACUUUAUGCAAGUUCUAUUUCUGCCUCCGACAGCCAUUCCUGGAGUUCAUCUUUGUUUCUCUCUGGCUCCCACUCUUCCUCCUCCUUCUUGAGUGAGGUUUUGGAGAAUAUCUGGGUGUAAUGGGCGGGCGAAGCUCCAGGCAGAUGUAAAUCUGGUGAGAUCUGUUGGCAAAGAGGCAGCGGAGGAUGGAGGAUGCUCCUGCUGCAGCAACUAGGUGCUGACUGGAGUCCAUGCAAGGACGUUGAGACUACCAGGAGCAGGGAUUGCUGCUUUUCCACCUGCAAGUUAUGUCAAAAUUGCUCAAGACCAAAAAUGUCUCCUGGGGAGAGCGUCAGGACUCGGACGUGGUCGAGGAGAGAAAUGCACAGGUGCAGCUGGAGAAAGCAAAGUACAAGCCUGUGGCAUUUGCUGUACGUUGCAACUUCUCCUACACCCCAGCUGAUGACGACAACGUUCCUGUGCCAGGCCAAGCAGUCACAUUUGAGGCCAAAGACUUCCUGCAUGUCAAAGAGAAAUUUAACAACGAUUGGUGGAUUGGACGACCUGUGAAGGAGGAUGGUGUUGUGGGCUUCAUCCCCAGUCCAGUCAACCUGGAAACCAUCCUCAUCAGAAGGGAAGUCCAAGCAAGGAAAGCUGCCAAGGCCUUAGCCACCAAAGCUGCAACUCAAGCAGCUCAAGAUCUGAACUCAAAGAAAUACACUCCUCCAUCACAAGCCAAUCAGCAGGUGAAAAAGAAACCGGGAGAGCAGGUGGCCAUGUAUGACGUAGUGCCCACGAUGCGUCCUGUGGUCCUGAUGGGACCAUCGCUGAAGGGCUUAGAGGUAACGGACAUGAUGCAAAAAGCACUAUUUGACUUUUUAAAACACCGAUUUGAAGGACGAAUUACCAUCACACGGGUCACAGCUGACAUCUCUCUGGCUAAACGCUCCAUCCUCAACAACCCUGGAAAGAAGGCUUUAAUGGAUCGGUCCAACACACGAUCUAAUUUAGCCCAGAUCCAGGGUGAGGUGGAACGGAUAUUUGAGCUGGCCCGAAGCUUGCAGCUGGUGAUUUUAGAUGCAGACACAGUUAACCACCCUCUGCAGGUGUCCAAGACCUCCCUCGCUCCUAUCCUGGUGUAUGUGAAGAUCUCUUCACCUAAGGUGUUGACGAGACUGAUUAAAACUAGAGGAAAGUCUCAGACCAAGCAUCUAAAUGUUCAGCUUGUGGCUGCAGAUAAACUUGCUCAAUGUCCUUCGGAAAUGUUUGAUGUCAUCUUGGAUGAAAACCAGCUGCUGGACGCCUGUGAACACAUUGCUGAUUACCUUGAAUCCUACUGGAGAGCAACACAUCCACCAGAGAUGGAACCUGCUAACGCCGUGGUGGCGCAGCUGGCUGAGAACACGCUUCCUGCCAGUCCUACAACAAUACCGGAUGAGCAGAAGGGUAAGAAGUCAACUGGCUCCAAGAGGAAGGGCUCCCGAGAGAACCACCCAGAUAAGGAGCCCCCGUCAGGCCCAGAUAAGGAUCAAAGAGCUGAGGAAGGCCAAAGGGAGGAGGAGGAGCGUCUUCUGAGGAAAGAACCAAAGAGACCCCAGCAUACCCACCACCAUCAUCACCACCAUCACCACCGCCGGGUGGAGCACCACAGCCACUUCCUGCACAAUCAAACAUCCGGCAGCGUGGAUGCAAAGUCGUCCAGAGAUCACAGCCACAGGCUCCCGCAGAGGCUCCCGCCUGAGGAGAAAGAUGAGCUGGAAGAGGUGGUGGAGGAGGAAGAGGAGAGGAACUAUAACCACCAGAGUUAUAACCAUCACCACCAUCACCACCGUCAACAUCACCGUGGAAACAGCCAGCAACACUAUAGGGAAGGCUAUGAGCAGGAGCACAAUGAACGAAACCGACAUCAGCGGCACCAGCAACAUAUCCCAGCUCGGACUCACAUGGAUCACUAUCCUGGACACAAUCACCAGAGCUACCACCUCUAUCAUGGCAGAGACCGGGACAGAUACCGGCACAAGGACAGGGACAGAGACAGGGACCGAGGCAGAGACAGAGAUGGACGACAAUGGCACAGAGAUUCCUUUAUAGACCAGUGAUGGUUGUUUCUGCAACAGUUUAAUGCUGCUCAUUUUAUAAAGCAAAUACAGAAAACUAUUUUUCACCAUUAUUUUCACUUUCCACACUCUAUUGCACUUUUCCCCCCCUAAUUUCCGUGAACUUAACUAAACAAAUUAGUUUUAAAACAUUUAUGUAUACACAAAUGAAAUGAAAAAUGCAAAAGAUUCUAACUCAAGUUUGAACACACAUUCCAAUUUAUGUCUUUAUGUUCAUAGAGAAAACAAUUCAAAUCUCACUGCCCAAGAUUAUGAACUGUUUCUUCUAUAUGUUAAAAAAUAAUUUGAUCAAAAUAUGAAAUCAUUUAGUCUCAACGUCAUUAGUCCAAGAAAGGUAUUUAAAUGUUCGGAAAACUGCAAUAUUUCAGUGUUUUCAUCACAAAUAAAGUUUGUCCUGCAUUUUUAACAGUAGAGGCCUGCUGUAAAAACUGAAACUAAAAUUAUUUUUCUACUUGAAUCCAAAUAAAAUUAUUAUUUGCUCAUAGUUUUUUCAUAUCUACUAUUUUGCAUAUUCUAACACCAGACAGAGCUACAUGCUGGAUAUUCUAUGCAUCUUCUGAUAAAACAUACUGCUUGAAUACAAUCUAUACAUUUGUAUAUACUUCAUAAUUGCCUUGUGCUGUAAAUGUAAGGAGAACUUAUGUGUAUGACUGCUUUGAUUUUACAGGAAUGACCAUUCUUUUCAGGACUUGUUUUGGUAAAAAUUGUUUUGUACAGAAUUAAGAUGUUAAUUUAGAGAAAUAUGCAUUCUAUUGAAAACUCAUUAAAUUAUGAAAUAUUUGUA